CAAUGCUACUUCCGGUUUUGGUUGUGACACGUUGUUGCGAUUGUUUAUCUUAGUGUAACCAACCAUCAUGAAGGCACUUAUUCUAGUGGGAGGAUAUGGAACAAGGUUACGACCUUUGACCCUCAGUGUUGCCAAACCAUUGGUAGAGUUCGGAAACAAGCCUAUGCUACUUCACCAACUGGAAGCUUUGGUAGAGGCUGGGGUGAAGCACAUCAUUUUGGCCGUUAGCUAUCGGGCAGAACAGAUGGAACAGGAACUUAGGAAUGUAGAGACCAAGCUGGGAGUAAAGAUCAGUAUUUCCCUGGAAUCUGAACCUCUUGGAACAGCGGGUCCACUAGCACUGGCCAAAGAUCUCCUGACACAGGACCAUGAGCCAUUCUUUGUGUUGAACAGUGACAUUAUAUGUGAUUUCCCAUUCAAACAAAUGGUUCAGUUCCACAAACACCACGGUCGACAGGGGACCAUUGUGGUUACUAAGGUAGAUGAGCCUUCCAAGUAUGGAGUAGUGGUAUAUGAUGCAGAGAAUGGGCGGAUCCAGAGGUUUGUAGAGAAACCACAGGAGUAUGUUUCCAACAAAAUCAAUGCAGGGAUGUACAUCCUUAGUCCUUCAGUGUUAGAUAGAAUUCAGUUAAAACCCACAUCAAUAGAAAAAGAAGUCUUUCCAUUUAUGGCAGAUGAUGGGGAUCUGUAUGCUAUGGAAUUACAAGGUUUUUGGAUGGACGUUGGACAGCCUAAAGACUUCCUGACCGGGAUGUGUUUGUAUCUCAGUUCAUUACGAGAGAAGUCACCUGACUUACUACACAGUGAGGAAGGCAUUGUGGGAAAUGUCCUAGUGGAUCCAAGUUCCAAAAUUGGAAGGAAUUGUAGGAUAGGCCCAAAUGUUACAAUUGGUCCAGAUGUGGUGAUAGAGGAUGGAGCAUGUAUAAAGAGAUGUACGAUACUAAGGGGGGCUCGAGUCCGGUCUCAUUCAUGGCUCGAGUCCUGUAUCAUUGGUUGGAGAUGUGUUGUGGGAAGAUGGGUGCGGAUGGAGAAUGUUUCUGUGUUAGGAGAAGACGUGACAGUAAAGGAUGAACUUUACAUCAAUGGAGGACGGAUCCUCCCCCAUAAAUCAAUCAGUGACUCAGUCCCAGAACCUCAGAUCAUCAUGUAGAUCCAUCACUCAACUCCCACAAGACACUCACUGGCGACAGCUUUAUCUUUCACUAUAUUUUCAAUUCUUACGUCUUUCAUCAUUAAAAGAUUGAUUGAACUAUCAUUAGAGAGAAUACAUUUUGUUUACACAAAUCUGCAAUCAAAGUAAACAUACAAAUAGGGUAAUUUAAAAAAAGGGAAUCUUAUAGAUUCUUAUGCUUAUUGUUAGGUUUCUUAUUAGAUAUAUCUGAUUUUGCUCAAAGCAUCAUAAAAACAGUAAAUGGUAGUGGCUAUUCCAUACACAUUGUUAGUUUUCUUUAUGUCUCCAUGACUAUGCAAUUGUUUAUGUAUGAACUUGGAAGUUGAGUGAUAAUGUGAAAUAUUUUUUUAUAAAUAUCAUGUUUGAUACAGUUCAUCAUGCUGACAGAGUAAAGACAACUAAGUAUUGCAUUACCAAGAUGCUGAAUCAUUACUCGUGGAGGGAACAAACCAUAGAAAUAUGCUAAACAAGAUAUUACAUUACAAUGUAAUCACUGUAAACUCGUACACAUAUAUGUAAUCUCUGAUUUUAUUUUGUUUUGCUUUGUAUUUGAAUUGACAGAUGUAAGAAUGUUUAUCAUUUUCAGUUUUAGUUGAACGUAAAACAUCCAUUAAUUUCGUAGAUAUAUCUUGUCUCACCAACAUUACAGAGGUAUUGAAUAUCUUCUGUGAAGAGUUGUCACUUUUUUGCUCUACAUGGGCCGAUUGUAAUGGAGAUGGAGUGUUACCAAAAAUAACCUUGACUUGUUAUCAAUUUGUGACUGGCGUGGAAAAACCAUGUAUAUACUGUACAACUUUUUAGCUCACCUGAGCUGAAAGCUCAAGUGAGCUUUUCUGAUCACAUUUUGUCCGGCGUCCGUCUGUCUGUCUGUCCGUCUGUCUGUCUGUCUGUCCGUCUGUCUGUCUGUCUGUCUGUCUGUAAACUUUUCACAUUUUCGACUUCUUCUCAAGAACCACUGGGCCAAUUUCAACCAAACUUGCCACAAAGUAUCCUUGGGUAAAGGGGAUUCAAGUUUGUUCAAAUGAAGGGCCACGCCCUCUUUCAAGGGGAGAUAAUUAGGAAUUACUGAAAAAAUAAUGGCAUCAUUUAAAAAUCUUCUUCUCAAGAACCAUAGGGCCAGGAAAGAUGAAACUCAUGUGGAAGCAUCCUUAGGUAGUGUACAUUCAAGUUUGUUCAAAUCAUGACCCCCGGGGGUAGGGCGGGGCUGCAAUGGAGGAUCAAAGUUUUACAUAGAAAUAUAUACGAAAAAUCUUUAAAAAUCUUCUUCUCAAGAACAGCAAAGCCAUGAUGAGUCAUAUUUAUAUGGAAGCAUCCUCAGAUAGUGUAGAUUCAAGUUUGUUCAAAUCAUGACCCCCGGGGGUAGGGUUGGGCCACAAUGGAGGAUCAAAGUUUUACAUAGAAAUAUAUAGGAAAAAUCUUUAAAAAUCUUCUUCUCAAGAACAGCAAAGCCAUGAUGAGUCAUAUUUAUAUUGAAGCAUCCUGAGGUAGUGUAGAUUCAAAUUUGUUCAAAUCAUGACCCCCAGGGGUAGGGCGGGGCUGCAAUGGAGGAUCAAAGUUUUACAUAGAAAUAUAUAGGGAAAAAUCUUUAAAAAUCUUCUUCUCAAGAACAGCAAAGCCAUGAUGAGUCAUAUUUAUAUGGAAGCAUCCUCAGGUAGUGUAGAUUCAAGUUUGUUCAAACCAUGACCCCCGGGGGUAGGGCGGGGCCACAAUGGAGGAUCAAAGUUUUACAUAGAAAUAUAAAGGAAAAUAUCUUCUUCUGAAGAACAGAAAAGCUAUGUUUAGUCAUAUUGAUAUGGAAGCAAUCUCAGGUAGUGUAGAUUCAAUUUUGUUCAAAUGAUGACCCCCAGGGGUAGGAUGGGGCCCAAUGGGGGAUGGAAAGUUUUACAUAAGAACAUAUAGAAAAAAUAUUUCUUCUGAAGAACAGAAAAGCUAUGUUUAGUCAUAUUGAUAUGGAAACAUCCUCAGGUAGUGUAGAUUCAAGUUUGUUCAAAUGAUGACUCCUGGGAUAGGGAGGAGCCACAAUGAGGGAUCAAAUUUUUACAAAGGAAUA